GUCCCAUUCAUUAGACUGCUUUACUGGCAUUUACGCCAGGGUCAGAAUCAAACCAAUAGCAUACGUCAUUUCAUUCAACCUCACUUGAUGACUCGGGCUUCUUCUCUGUCAUCCAUCACAACAACACCAGAAGAACCCCGAAUCGAAACUUUCCUUGUGACUCACUAACAAUUCUGCAACUUUGCGCUCAUUCACCUUGCCAACCAAAAAUUCACAUAAACUAGUCAAGGCAGAAAUUGAGGCACCACCAUGAGCGACGCCUCAAACCAACCAGCUCGCGCGGGAUCUCUCACGCCGGAGAUGAUAGAAUUCGCAAGUAGGAUGUACGAUGCGGCGAGAAAGGGAGACAUGGCUACGUUUGAGCAGGCUCUUCCAGCAGGCUUACCUCCAAAUCUGACAAACGACAAGGGAGAUACUCUGCUUAUGCUCGCUGCGUAUCAUGGCCAUGCCGAUUUAGUAAAGGUCCUCGUCCAACAUGGUGCGGACCCUAAUCGCCUCAAUGACCGAGGACAGAGUCCUCUCGCUGGGGCGGUGUUCAAGAAGGAAGAUGCAGUAAUCCAAGAGUUGCUAGAUGGCGGCGCGGAUCCUGAAUACGGACAGCCAAGUGCUGCUGAGUGCAUCACAAUGUUCAAACAGGAGGAUACUUGGAAGUCGAAAUUUGAUGCUGCCCCAGGCAAGGGACAGGCUGGAAAGACAAGGGAGGCCGAGGGUAAAAAGUGAAGAUCUAGGCAUGAAAUGUUCAAGUGUGUCAGGCUACUUGUCAUGGUACCUGUCGAGGACAGAUAUCUUGCUAUUUAUUUUGAGAAUACACUAAGUAUUGCAGUGAAGGGAAUGGCAACGGUUGACCGAAAGUAUGUGUGAGGGUGCACUCAAUUGCUGUGUGCGCCAAACUUUUGUUACAAUCUCCGAUUUGCCCCCUGAUGUCGAUGGUGAUGAGGGGGAUUUUGCUCUAUUGCAUCGGCAAAAUGUACUUUUAUACAUCUUAACUCCAAUACCGGAUGAGGGCCGAUACCCAACUCAAAACAUUUUCCAUCUUUGCCCG